AUGCAAGGAAUUGAGUACGUUCGCUCACCGCCGUUCCAUCCACAGUCAAACGGUCAAGUAGAACGCUUUGUGGAUACCUUGAAAAGAACCCUUCAGAAGAUUAAGGAGGGAAGGGCGUCGGAGAAACAUGCGGAAUUUUUGCAGUGCUAUAGAAGAACACCAUGUGCAUCAACGCCAGGACAUCUUUCUCCAGCGGAGGUGUUCCUAGGGCGCCAGUUGAGGACGUCGUUGACGCUGCUGAAGGAAGCAGCUAAAGAAGAAGGAACAAUGUGGAAAUUGAAGAACAGUUCAAUCGUCAUCAUGGAGCACCGUCCACUGUCCCGGGCGAAUCGCUAUGGACGAGCCUUGUACGACGUGCUAACGGAAGAGGAUGAUUUGUUCAAAAGACACGCUAACCAGAUGCGUGCAGAAAAACAUCGGAGAGUUAGCUGCGAGAGGACUGAAGCUUCCAAGAUGUCGUUCAACCAGAAAGACCGACGGUACCAUGGUAUGGCAAGGACGAUCGCCGACGUCAAUGACAAUGUCAAGGAUAGAGCAGCAACUAUCGUGCUGCCGACAACGACUAGACCAGCUCGACAACGCCGACCGCCUCGUCGAUUGCAACCUGAUCUGAAGAUGAAGACGUACGCGAUGCGUUCAUCUUAG